AUGAUGGGUAAGAUAGAUACCGGGGGCCGGUGCGUGCGCUCGUCUGGGGGUGGAAGGGGGGGGUUGUUGGGGAGACUUGAGUGGUUUGUGCUUUUAUGCGAUGUUUCCCGGGUUGUGUGUGUAUGCUGCUUGUUUCUUGUUGCGAUGGAGGAAUACUGCCGAUACUGA